GUCGGUAUUGAGAAUCGUCAGAGUGAACACCGGUUAUUUUGGUUUCUUUCGCGCCGGUUUCUUUUGCAACGGAAAGUGUUUUUUUCCGUGGAUUUUUAUUUAGCGGAGCGUGCAACGGUGCAGAAGAAAAAGCAACCGUUCAGCUAGAAAAGACACAGAUGGUCCUGAUACGUAAAGAAUUCUAAAGCAUUCCAGCAUCUUUCCGAAGCACUCAUCAACACACCCACUAAGUUACAACUAAUUCUUACCACGGAACAAAUGUACCGCUCUCGGUAAAUCAAAAGCUGGAAGAAAAGCAAGGAUGCGCAGACAAACAUCUCGCCCAUUGACUUCUGACCCAGCCGCACCUUUUAUGAAUCCUCCCAUCGCUAUGUGGAAUCUGUAUCAAACCCAAUGUAGCAAUGGAAUUCAACUACUUGGCAAAGAACAAGUCAUGAAUGAUUCGCUUUCAACAAGUCACGAAAGAGUUCGCGAUAUGAGUAGUUGGUGGUAGAUUCGGAUUCUUCGAAUAGUCAUGUUUAUUGAAGUGGCAGAAAUUUUUUUGUGUUUAAUAACGAAUGGUAAAUAUCGCUAAAAUUCGUUAAAAGCAUUGUUUGCAAAAAAGGGAAAAAUGUUAUAAAUAAAAAGAUAUAUGCUUACAUUCUAUGCUAUCUAUUUCUUUACUUUCUCCAGUUUAUAAUAUUUUACAAAUCUUCAAAUAAUUAAAUAAACAUCUGUAUGACAGCCAGAACAUUAAAAAUUAUCCAUAGAACUCUUCAUCAACAACAAGAUUAUUUUCUAUAGUUUUGCGAGGGAGGAAUCAUUUAUUGGUGAUAUCAUACCAUAUAUAUCUUUCUUUAGGUGGAAUAUUAAACAGCAUUUUUAUCUAAUCCUGUUUGCAAAACAAUUACAACUAGAGACCUAUAUCAUUUUAGCUCAACGAAUAAGAAAGCAAACAAAAUGUAGAGAAUAAGAAUAAUUCAAUUAAAAAUCCUAUUAACAUUAGCCCUUUGACAGUUUAAUCGUCAUUUGUAGUUGAAUAAUAGUGACAACGAACAGAAACCCUGUUUGUAGAAAUAAGUCAAUUAUGGCGCUUUAAGGCUUUGAAGAAUCAAACGCUCUUCAACAACAAGAACUGCAGUACAUUAUUGUUCUACUCUGUUAUCUGAAACGCUUUUAUCGUCUCUGCCCGCCUCUCCCAAGAUUUAAAGCUUGAGAGAUAGAUGCACUUAAUAGCGAUGCGGAGGGUUGCCUUUUACAUUUUGCGUUCUUACGUUAAGGGUCAGCGAUAAAUUCGGAAGCAGGAGCGUCUGAGGCACUUCGUCCCGCCCACCUAUUUCAGGACAAUAUCCUCGACGCUUCUAAUGCUAGUUGUUUGCUAGCCAUUUUUAUUUUUCAUUUAUUUUUUCCUCUUGAUCUCAGAGAUACUGUGAAACACGUUGUUAUUACAGUGCCAGUUCCUUUACUUCAAAGAAAAGGAUCCAAGUAUUAUUCUGGCCUGAAUUUUUAGUUUAGUUCGAAUUUUAAAGAAACACUCAAGGAAGAAGAUUCCAAGAAUUUUUUUUUUUUUUUGCUAGAGGAAGUAAAGUACCCAGCUGUUUUCCUGAACAAGGUAUCGUUAUCCAACUCCUCUUAGAAAUGUGACUACUUUUCAAAGACGUCAAUUUCUAAAAAUAGUUCGACAGCUCUUGAAUAUACAUUUCAAGUUGUGAGAGUUCUUUUUAUUCCACAAAUGGCAGGAAAAAGAUCGCACUCGAGUGAGUCUUUAGAAGAGGAUUUCAGAGAUGGAUAGAUCGUAUAAGGAAGCACCAGCAAUUGUGUUAUUCAACGUAGCAUCUCUAAGGCAAAAGGAAUUUUGCUUCAGAAAUGUUUGAAUUUUAACAGGAUAUUCUUCAGUUCUUUGCCAAGAACAAUUCACCAUUGCACUGUCUGAAAUGCUGCUUAUUUACUUAAUAUUCGGUGAUACCGUCUUAUGUGCGUUCGUGAAGAAUUACAGGUCUUCUUUUCUUAACUAAUUCCAAAGGAUUCUGCAUUUUAAAAUCCUGAUCCUGUGCAAUCGUGUCCUUUUACUUUUGUCUUUAUAAAUGGCUGAAGGACUUCUAAUAAUCUCAGGAUUCUGAAACACAACAAACCGUGAAGAACAAUAUAAAUGCCUCAACACAAAAGCACUCUGCCAUAGUUCUAUGAAGCACUUUAAAUGCGUCAUUUCGAAGAUGUGACUGAAGAAUCUGUAUGAUACACUUUUACUAAAGAUUUCAUGCUUCACUGUCCAUAUUCAGGUAGCCUUCAGCCAAUUGGAUAAGCUGAAGCCCUAGAAUUCAGCACUCCGGCUUAGUAAAGCUUCGAAGAAGAUUUAUAAUAGAAGCCGUACAUACGCGAGAAAGGUUAGGCGUGCAGCGGCGCUUUGGUCCUGAGCACAUAAAAAGACUGAGGAACGUGCUACUUUCGAUUCACUUAACCAACCCUGCUUCGUGACGGUUGAGAAACGUGAUCUCAUCUGCCUUUCAGUUCGUCAAACUGGCUCAUCGAGUGUAUGUGUGUAUAUUUCAUCUCCCCCCCCCCUUUAGAGCUUUUACUUUCAGAAUAAGUGGAACUUCAAAGUUUUUGACAUCCUACCGUUUUGGACCGUCAAUCCGUUCUGCACGAUCUGACUACUUGCAGUGAAGUUUCUCCUCUUUAUUUUUGCUGAUAACCCGUAACACGCUGUGACACCAGCUGUCCUAUUACGUUAGUACGUCUUUUGAUUGAUGUGAUAUGGAAAUGGAUAUUAGUGUCAUUGCUACCGUAAAGGAAUAAAUAAACAUUUGAAGAUAGCUGAUGAAUUUUGUUGAUUCACGAGGAAAUUCGCAGCUGCAGAUUAUUCCUAGCUCUGAAAAGUACAAUAUGUCAUCAGGUGUGAAUAAUUUAUCAUGAGAGCUUUUAUCUGAUGUUAUGUUUUCCUUCAUAGCAAUCAGUUAAUUAAAUUAAUAAUUUUUUGCAUAAAUGAUAAGAUAUGCUUAAAUGAAAUGUAAUUUUUUUUUUCCUCUUAUGGGUAAAAAAACAAAUGUGAGACGAUAUAAUUGUAUUUGUUCGUGUUGUCUUCAUUAACGAUCAUUAGCAUCUUCAACCAAUGUAUUAUGCAUGAAUCAUUGCCUUCGCUAACAGUAUGUCAACAGUGAGUAUUGAACCAUCAACUUCUCCAACGCCGUCUUCCCAUAAACUGAAUGGUAGCAUCAAUCAAAGGCUCAACAUUAGCACCAUUAGUACACCAUCUAACAAACAACACCACGGUAUAAAUACAGGUCCUACAUCAAAGAUAGGACAUAGUUCUACACCUUUGCACGUUAACCCCCAAAAUGCGAGCAUCAUGGGACCACCAUCAACUGGCGUGGCUAAUAUUACCUUGAACAGCAAUGCGACUACCAAACCAUUGCUGGACAUUUCUAGGACCAGCAUACAUCCUGGAUCUGUUUUGGAUACCAGCAGAAGGACGCCAAACAUCACACUUAAAGAAACAAUCACAAGUGAUGAUGACGAUCGACAUGGGAUAUACCAAAUGUUGGCUUCUCUUGCACUUCUUUGUGUUCUGAGUCUCCUGAUGUCAUUUCUAGCAUUGUUCUUCCUUCAAAAACUUGGACCCAUGAUGAGUGCCGUGCAAACACUUGAGCCUCCGAUUUCCGAAAAAAUAUCAGUGAAAUCUAAUUAUGUGACAAAAGCGCCACCAAAAAGAAUAGUAGUAACUUCGGAAGAAUACGUAACGGUCUAUCAGGUGUCGGUAGCUUUGAGUACUCUGACUAUAUCACUCGACCUUUGUUGUCUUUUUGUGUGCUGUAUACAGUUUCUGUUCGCCAUCAAACUUUUGAAGACACCACAGGGAGACGAGAGAACCCACAAGUUUUUGAAACGGAGUGCCCACACACGUAUUUUGGCUAUCGGCGGCUUCUUUUUGUCAAUACCUCUUUUUUUCACAGGUAUAAUUCUUUUCACUUUCAUUCAUUUCAACGAAGUGCCCGCAAUGGCCACGAGUAUCGUCAUCGGACUUGGAAUCGUGUUUUGUGGCGUGGCGAGUGUCCACAAUGUAUAUCUAUGGCAAUGGGAAAAAACACGAGCAUGUAAAGAACUACAGCAAAGUAGACUCAGUCAACUCGGCUUGGACUGCUCUGCACAAAGAGCUGUGGAACUCUCAACUCUCGUUUAAACAAGCAUAGUGAAUGAAAAAAAAAAUGUGUAUAUACAGUGGCGUAAAUGCCGUAGCUCCGCGAUUUGUGUUCAUAAGUGUUAUUAUAUUUCUAUCAUCUUUAUCGCGGUGUUCUGUCAGUUACCAAAGGUAAAGCUUCCUUUAGUGUAUGUUUUCAUUUCAUUUUAUUUACAUUCGUGGAUUGAAAUCUACUUUAACGUGCUCCUUCAGUUUGUCGCCAAUAUAGCAAAAAACAUACCCGUUGUUGCAUUUUUGUAUACAGAUUUAAUAAGCUAUUGAAAAGAUGUGCUGAAAAUUCUAUUUGAUAUUGCAUUUUGUAUUCACUUUUUUUCCCAGCUUCCCUUUUAUAUGAAAGCCUGUGUUUUCAAAUUUAUAUUUAUUUGCCUUAGAUUCUAAAGGAAGUUAAGAUACUAGGAACCAGUACAUAUUUUUCGCUAAACUGAGUUAGACACCAUAUUUUUUAUAAACAGUGAAAAUGAGUCAUUUAAUAUGUACCACUAUUUAGUGUAGGGCAAUUAAAACUCUUUUUAUCCAUUCUGUUUUUGGAUGAAAAUUUUCUUUCUGUUGCAAUAUGAAGCUUAAUUCAUUUGAGGAAAAUUAAUAUAUAUGUAUAUAUAUAAACUUAAUUAGCAGAUGAAACAUUAAUUAAUAUAUGUAUAUAUAUAAACUUAAUUAGCAGAUGAAACAUUAAUUAAUAAACUGCAUAAAAAGUUUAAUUUAAUGCAAUCACUUGUGCACUUUUAAUGAAACAUUUGAAAUCAGGAAAGAAAAGUUUCUGUAGAGAAGCAACAUUAAACAAAAUGCGGUGACAGCGGAAUGAUUAAAAAAAUGAAUAUAUAUAUAAAUGAAUAAUUCAUUAAUGGUAUGAAAAAUGAAAAUUUAUUUAAGAAAUUUUAUUAAAGAUUUUCAAAUCAAGAUAAUAUUUUUGAACUAUUUUUGCUUAUUGGCUCUGAAGA